GUUGUUAUCGUGUCUUUCAUCGCCGCUGGUCGACGUUACGCUUUUACAGUUUGAAAAUCAAGCACUUCCCGAGAGGAUCGCAGGCUCUAGCCCUGCGUAAAGCCCAAAGGAUCUAUAAAAGCCCAUAGCAAUAACGCUAUAAAGUCGGAAUACAAGCUAAAAAAAAGGAAAAAAAUACAAUAAUUUCUGCGUGUUAUGUGUUAUUGUUGUGAUCAGUGAUCAGUGGAACGAACCAAGUGAAAGUGAACACAAGAACGAAAGAGAAAGCUAAGUGAAUCAAUUUGGGUCCUACCAAAGAAAAGGAAUAUAAAUCAAAGAUAAUGUCGGACAUUGAGGAUGUUUUCGGUGGCUCCGCCGAGGAGACCAAGCCCGAACCCGAUGCCCAAAGCAAAAGCAGUGUGGUCACCGAGCAAACCGAGGAGGUAAUUCCCGGGGAGACCGAGAAAAUGGUCACAGAGACCAUCGAUGAGGACGGCGAUGUCGUGGAGGAAACCACGGAAGUUACCCGGAAAACGGUGAAGCGGACUAUGAAGAUCACUGAGACUUCAGCCACCACAAAGACAACUACGCUCACCACCCCGGCCAAACUUUAUGGCAAGGACCUGAGUGAGUACGACGAUGUGGAUGUGGAGAGCCUGCUGGCCCAGCUCUCGCCUGAAGAGAUAACUAUACUGGCCAAAGAAGUGGAUCCCGAUGACAACUUCCUGCCGCCAGACCAGCGCAACAGCUACGAGUGCACCAAGGAAGCCACUGGGCCAUUAAACCGCAAGCAGCUGAUCGAACACAUCAACAAGCAGGCGAUCGAGACGCCCGAUCAGCCGGAAUUCGAGCCUUUUGUCCAGGGCACAGUGCGCGGCAAGAAGUGGGUGCCGCCGCCAAGGGAUGCCCGCGAGAUCGAGGCCGAGGAACAGAUCGCCAUCGACAUGGGCGAGGAGUACGAGCACGCCCUGAACGAUGCCACGCAGGAGGAGAUCAUCGAUCUGGCCGCCAUCCUGGGCUUCCACUCGAUGAUGAACCAGGACCAGUACCACGCCUCGCUGCUCAACAAGGGACAGCCCGUUGGCCUCGGAUGGGAUGGCAUCACAAAGUCCACCCAGCAGAAGCUCUUCCCCAUGGAUCCGCCAAACAGCACAGAUGUGGAGGAGUCCAUCAAGCGGGUCAAGGACGAUGACUCCAAGCUGAUUGACCUCAACUUGAACAACAUUAAGAACAUCUCGGACGAGAAGCUCGAGCAACUGUUUGCCGCACUGCCUCAGAACGAACAUCUGGAAGUCCUCUCGCUGACAAAUGUCGGCCUCACCGACAAGACAGCCCUCCUUUUAGCCGAGGCCAUCGAGAAGAGCAAAACCCUGAGAGUAUUAAACGUCGAGACCAACUUCAUCAGUCCGCCCGUGAUCGUUAAGUUGGUGCAAGCCCUGCUCAAGUGCCACACCAUCGAGGAGUUCAGGGCCUCCAAUCAGCGAUCUGCGGUGCUGGGCAACAAGAUCGAGAUGGAGAUCACCGACCUGGUGGAGAAGAACUCGUCGCUGCUGCGCCUCGGAUUGCACCUGGAGUUCAACGACGCCCGCCACCGAGUGGCCGCUCACCUGCAGCGCAACAUCGACAGAAUAAGAAAAGAUCUUGAGUUGCGACUGCAGUUCAGAUUUUUCAAUAAUCUGCAUAGAAAGUCGACAAGAAUUCAAUAAGCAGACCAGAAAGCAAGCAACUAAACCAUUUUUAAAGCGUUUUGUAAUCUAAACCCAAAGAACCGAAGAAAAACAGAAGCACAUAACAACGAAAGAACGUGUAUAAUAUAAUAUAUAUAAAGAAGAAGGAAGCAGGAGCAGAAGUUUAAGCUAAAGAUAAAGCAGCCGCAGAGCUUGCCAAAAAAAAUAUCUAUAUACUCUAGAGACUUUAACUAAGCAAAGCAAACUGAAACCAAAGAAACGAAGUGAAAUAUCAAACUAAAUACAUUAUACCAUAUAUAUAUAUCGAUAAAGCGCAGAUCGAACAGGCUCAUGAGGCAUGGGUGAUUGGGUAAAACCAAUACUUAUGUGCCAUGAGUUGUGUUCGAAGUCGAGGCAGAAGUCUUCUAUAAUCCAGCAGAAAUCGUUUAGGCGUCACGUGUAUAAUUUUCUCUAACGCUUAACACAGGAAUUAAACUGCGAUGUAUGAUCUAAGUGAGUCCCCCAGAUCCGAGUCAAAGUAAAACGAUAAUUGCAGAAACCCAUAACAAACAUAGUUUUGAGACACGAUUAUGAUUCAAUAAGAACCAACAACUAACAGCAGAAAUGAUAAAUGAAGCACCACCGACAAGCAGAGCCAUGAAAAAAUCUACAAAUAUAUAUAAAACACGAUGCAUAAUAUGUGAAACAGAUGAAAAUACGUGUGAAACGCCUGAACCAGCGUAAAUAAAAAGACAAAAAACGAAAUAUAUAGCAGCAACCAACCAACAACAACAUGCCACCAACCCAAGAACAACAAUCAACCAGAAAGCCAUCUAUAUGUGUGUGUGUGUGUGUUUGUUUGUCCAACUCUUGAUUUGAUUUGAUUACCAAUUAACAAGCAAACCCAGCAAGACAACCACCAAACCAACAACACCACCAGCAAGCCACAACAACAACAACGAGAACAUGAGCAAUCACGGCAACAAGAACAACUGAUCUAUGUUAAUCCAAACUUACCCCACCAACCGACCUCUGUACUCCCCGAAACCAAUCCACCAAAAGAAUCCAACCAACCAGCUGUGAACUAACACCGAAGAAUGAUGUGUGACAUGAAUUGGACGUCAGCGUCGCAUGGGACACCUGAGCAGGAACUACACCAUUGGCGUCUGGCAGUAGGAUUCAUUGAAAUAUGGAGUCCACAUUUUAAUCCCGAAACAAAAAAUGAAAUAGCCCAAACGUAGUGUUGUCAUACUUGUUGUUGUUCUCACGCGGAGCAUUGUUUUAUUGUUUUGUUUAAUGUUUGUUGCGUUCUUCAGAUUGAUGACUUCGGUUCGAGUUUGUGUUCGGUUCACCAUAUAUAAGCAUAAUCAUUUGUUUGUUACGAGUAAGACGAAUGUUCAUUGUCACCCACACACACACAGGCAGAUCAAGGAUUAACUUUCUAUCUGGCAGCUCUAAAAUAAUACUUUCCUUAAGCAAAAUCUUCACAUUUACGCUGCAGCUACACACACGCCUUUUGCGUCGAUCACUUUGUUUAUUUUAUUUUAUUUUAUUUACCUUCCAUUCUGUCCCUGUCGUUUUUUUAGCCCCUAGAUGGGGCCAUGUUUCACAAUUUUUAGUUUUAGUCGUGUUUAUAUCCACACAUGCACACACACAUGAUACAAACACAUACAUAAUACUUAUAUACACUUUAUAUAUAUGAUACAUAUAUAGCCAUGGUCUCUGAAACAAUUUACUGCUAUUGAAUUAUGAAAAUGCUUAAACAUAAAUUUAACUUAUGGUUAAACACACAAAUGAAAAACAAACAAUUGUAUAAUGUAAUGAUAUAUCUUACUUUAUAUGACAUAAUGCAAUGCUUUUAAAAUACAAUUUUUAAAAAUCAUGUAAAAACUAUAAAAUUAAAUAAAAAAAAAAUACAAAAAAUAUUUAA